AACCUUGUUUCGUUCACAUAUGGCAAAGAUAACCCAAUUAAAUGAGAGAAAUUGACAGCUGUAUCCAUUUGUGUUUUUUUUUUGUUUACAUAUUUUCUUCUUGUAAAAAAUAAGUUAAUAAAUGAGUGAUGGAUUCAAAAUUGAAAAAAAUUUUACUUUUGUUUGCUGCAAACCAAGAAGAAAGCAAUAAAUAUCUAGCUGCAUUAAAUUCCUGUAGCCGAGAAUAUAAAGUUGCUAUCCAACAAAGUGAGCAGGAAUUACGGAUACGAAGAGCUCGAGUAAUAUCGAUUUAUUAUGAAAUACUAAUGUUGACAACAAUACCUCUUUGUAAGAAAAUAAACCCAAGAAGUAUUUGGGCAUACAAGCGACAUGGGAACUUCUGGGAAAAGGAUGUUCCAUCAAUGAACGACCGCGUUUUUAAGGAAACCUUUCGCAUGAGCAGGGCAACCUUUGAAAUAUUGUGUGAAUAUGUCAAAGGUAUUACCAAACAGGAUUCAUGCUAUAGGAAGUGCAUCCCAUUGCAGAAAAGGGUAGCUGUUGCCGUCUACACAUUAAAAUCAUCGGCGGAGUAUGAAACUGUUGCACGACUAUUCGGUGUUUCGAAGGCAAUCGUCAGCGAAAUAUUUCUUGCUUUUUGCCAAGAAGUGUGGCAAUCAUUGCGUCCCAUUUAUUUGGCAGAACAAUUAAGCAAUAGUGAAAAAGUGGAUGAGUGUGUUCAUGGGUUUGAGAAGCUUGGCUUUCCGCAAUGUCUUGGUGCCAUAGACGGUUGCCACAUUAAAGUUCGGCCACCCGGGAAGGAUUGCACGGACUAUUACAAUUAUAAGGGGUGGUACUCCACAGUUUUAUUUGCCCUUGUAGAUUAUAGAUAUCGCUUCCUCUACAUUAAUGUUGGCUGCCCAGGUCGAUGCAAUGACUCAAAAAUUUUUCAAUGUAGCAAACUAAAUACUGCAUUGAAGGACCCAAUCUUCACUGCAAAAAGCAAAACUAUUAAUGGCGUGAACGUUCCUGUGGGCGUUAUGGGUGAUUCGGCUUUCCGAUUUGCCAACAAUCUAAUGAAGCCCUAUCCAUUCCAAGUACAUCCUCCAGAGCAUGAAAAAAUUUUUAAUUACCAAUUGUCCAAAUGCCGAAGAGUGGUGGAAAAUGCUUUUGGACACCUAAAGGCUCGAUUUAGGAGAAUAGGGAAAGGAGUCGACAACCACAUCAAAAAUGUUCCUCUUAUAAUUAAAGCAGCCUGUACAUUGCAUAACUUUUUAAAUUGUCAUAAUGAUGUCAUCAACCAAAAAUGGAUAGAAGAACAAACCACUUACGAAAAUAGUGUACGCCUGGAACAGCCCGAGCACACAGAUGCUGUAGCAGAUUUUGAAGCAGAACCUGAAAUAAUUAGAAGAGCGAUUGCGAAUUCAUUUUAUUCCGGAGUCGUCGACAGUCCUGCAAGCUCAUCGCUCGAAAUGAAUUGGGAUUGGCUGCUCGUCGAAGGGUAGAUAGCAGCGCAACCAAUGUUCUCUUCUGGUUCCACAUCUUGAAUUAAAAUAAAAUAAUAAAUAAAAGAGCAAACAAAAAUUCCAUUUUUUUAUUACCUAUACUCUCUUGCAUGAGUUCUUUGAAAUUUACUGCCUUAUUACCACUGAGAAUUUCUUCCACCUCCUUGUAGUGGAUCCAAGAGGAAGGCGAACCACCAGUCAUACCCAC